UUGAAAACGAAAGUAGAACCGGAAGUGCUGAUUAUAGCGGGAAAUAAAAAUGGCGACAGAUGCACUUUAUCUUGAAAAUUUAGAGGAAUAUGUCAAUGACGAAAACAAAAUUGUGACGUACCGAUGGUUCAGUACCAACUUGAAAGUCCAUGUCAACCAGGCCAAGCAAAUGCUGUAUGCAUUUGUUCAGGACCAGAGGAACAACCAUGAUAAUGACAGUUUGUCCGUGACCUACUUUGUUGCUGGACUGACCAAACCAGUGGACGGUCAUCAGACCGUCAAAUGUACAGUAGUGAAGGAAGAGGACCUGGAGGCCUAUCGUAGUACACUGGCAGUCGUCACAAGCUCCCACAUAUACAGUGUACAAAAGGCUAAACUCAAGGAUUCAAGCUCCCUGUACACAGCCGAGUAUGACGCUAUCAAGGAAUCCGGCAAAUACACAUCUAUCAAAUUUAACAAGGCCAAACUAAGGUCUGGUGCAGAAAUAGAGGCACUACGGAAGACAACUGUCCCAGCAGAGAAUAACAAGCAGACUAAGACAAAUGGAACAGCUGUCACGAAUGGGCAAAGCAAACCAGCUGCGAAGUCGCAGCAGAAAGCAGGCAUUGCGGGAAUGUUUGCCAAGGCAGCCAAGAAGUCGGAGGAUAAAAAGGAAGAGCCAAAACAGGAAGUUCAGGAGAGCAAACCCAACAAGAGCACUGCAGCAGCAAAGAAGGGAGGAAUGAUGGCCUUUUUUUCAAAACAAACAGAUAAAAAACCAGAACAAACGACUAAGGAGGCCCCCAAACAGGAGACAAAAACAGUCGUCAAAACAGAAGUAAAGGAUGAUCCAUCGCCCCCGAAGAAAAAAGUUCAACCUAAGAAAGCUACAAAGAAAACUCAAAGAAAACCUGAUUCAGAUGAUGAGUCUGAAAACAAAAAGAAACGCCGAAGAAUUAAGCAGGACUUGUUUGAUAGCAGCAGCGAUGAAGAGGAGGUCGAGAUAGAGGAUGACAGUCCCGCCCCUAGUCCCAUACGAGAACCCGUAACUGUGUUGGCCUCCGACUCCGAGGAGGAAAUGGAAGUCGCAGAACCAAGUCCAAAGAAACGCUCCCCACAAAAACAGUCGCCAGAGAAACGAGAGACAGGAGAAAGGAGGAGAAAACGGCGGCGGCGACAGGUGCCCAAAACAUUUAUGGAUGAGGACGGGUAUAUGGUGACGGAGAAAGUCUGGGAAAGUGAAUCGACGGAUGCUUCUGAUGUUGAGCCAACAGUCCCUAAAGAAACACCUAAACCUACGCAGAAAAAGUCUCCACAAAAAUCACCUCAGAAGAAAUCUCCACCAACUGGCAACACAAAACAGAAAACCAUGAUGUCCUUCUUCAAGAAAAAAUAGCAGAUGUCUGUGAUCUGUUAAGGAUAUGAAGCAGCUCAUUGACGAUAUACGUUAUAUUUCUUGAUAAAUCUUCUUGCUGACGCAGUUAUUUAACGCCCAGGAUGGUCACUUUAGAAUACUCAGCCAACUUGUCUGAACACAGUACUAGAUGUCUAGGUUUUGGUGAAAAUAGUAAAAGUUGAAUUUCAGGAAUAUAUAAAUGUUGAAGUAUAAUGAUUGUUACGGGUAGUUUUCCCAAUAUCAUGGAUAUCGUGAUAAAAAUUACAAAGAUGAAUGUUGGCUUUUUAAGGUUAGAAGUUUAAUAAGUGCUAAAAAAUAUCUGAAAUAGGUCAGAAUUCAGUUUUAGUAAAUAAUAGCGAAAUUCUGCCAACAACUACAAGUUUUGUGUCAAUAAUUGAACAGUUGUUGUUAAACUGUGAUAGGAUGUAGCCAUAACUAAUGAAAUGUUCUGUGAUAUAGAACAAUAUGGUUUGUACUAAAGUCCUGUACUCAUUAAAAUAUGUUGACAAAUA